UCACCGACCACCACAGUACUUAAGUUCUUUUUAUUCCAUUAUCGUAGCUCACAGUCACACAGUGUAAUGAAUAGGUUAUGUUUUAAGUAAAGUAAUUUAAGUUUUUAUCGUUAAAAAUUUAAUAAUUAUAAACUAGGCCUAUUAAAGUACAUUUUUAAUAGUUAGGCCAUCUUUCUUUAAAAGAAAUGUUUGCUUUAAAAACACGUAGCUCGAGUAGAAGGGUGUAAGAUUCGGAGUUUUUCAAGAUGUUGUGCCAGGCUGCAGUCGGCGGAACCACUGGCAGUGCCGGUUCCGGACGGUCAGCCAGUCACCUACACCCCUAAGAUAGAGAAGCUGGUGACUGAUAUUUCACAGUUGACACUGUUAGAGGUUUCCGAGCUCAGUUCAGCCCUAAAGCAGCGGCUGAACCUACCUGAUGCUCCGAUGAUGGCUGUGGGAGCUGUGGCUGCGGGUGGACAGGUUCAGGAAGAUGAGGAGGAGGCUGCUCCCAAGGCGGUCAAGACGGACUUCACCGUUAAGCUAAUGAAGUUUGACGAGAAACAGAAAGUACCUCUAAUCAAGGAAGUGAAGAACCUCAUUGAGGGCAUGAACUUAGUUCAGGCCAAAAAGUUUGUGGAGAGCGCACCAGCUGUUGUAAAAGCAGACAUAUCUAAAGAUGAGGCUGAGAAGCUGAAAGAAGCCCUUGUAAAAGUGGGAGCUGAGAUUGUCAUAGAAUAGAGUAUAAAUAGAUUUUAGGUUAGUUUUGUACAAAUGUUAGUUGGCAUUAAAAACAAUUAUUGCAAUACAAUUUUUUCCCCUCAAAUCA